GGCAGUUGUUCAGACUGUUAACACAGAAAGGGGGCGGGGCCAGGGUAGAUGCAGCAGAGGAAACAGGAAGCCUCAGCCAUGUGAGGAAUUAUACACAGUAGACAAAGACGGCUGCUGUCGGCCCUGCAAGUGCCGCAAGGGGUAUGGCAGGCCCAGGGGGGUAAAGAAUCCAUGUACAGAAGACUGCCAAAAGUGUGAGCUUGGGAGAACAUACAAUGACAAGUUUGACUUCUUCUGUAAGCCAUGUCAAGGAUGCUAUGACAAUCGCAUUGUAGAGGAGCAGUGUACUCUGAGCAGGAACAGGAAGUGUGGAGAGGGCUGUAUUCCUGGGUAUUAUCGAAGAACGACAUACAGCCAAGAGCUGGAGGAGAACUGUGUACCAUGUACAAAAGACCAUAUGAACAUACUUGUAUGUAAUCUGUAUUUCAAUGUGCCCUUAGACAGGAGCACUACAAAAGGACUGCCCAGUACAAUCAGAGCAAGCUACCCUGAUAGCAGUACAAAAGGCAUGGAUCAGAGCAUUCAGAACAGCACUGAGCAUGCUGCAACUUCAACGGUUGAAUUCAAAAGUGUAACAACAGUGGCCACGUUGAAAUAUACAAUUGAUCUCACUGUUACUCAAGAACCAAACCCAGAGGUGGCAAAUUAUACAGGAAAAUCCAACUCCUCCAUGAAUAGCACCCUUCCGAAUGGAGGUAAAAAAAAGAGGGGAAUAGAUCCUAUGCCUGUGUUUUUUUUGCACAUGAUUGGUGGCUUCAUUGUCUUGGUUUUAAGCCUGAACAUUGCUAUGUUCAUUAUCUGGUGGGCCACAGGAAAAACCCUUGUAGAUCAUUUAAGGGACAUAUUGCCUGGGAGAGAAACGGGCGCAGAAAGUAAUGCUGCUAGCAUGAUGUCUUAUGAUGAAAGAGUUAACAGUGUUGGGCAAAACACAAGAAAUAGAGGACCAGGAAAUUUCAAUUGUAGGGCUAAAACACGGCCCAGCGAAUGUUCACAAGAAACACCUAGUUUAUCUGUUCAGAGUUAUGGCAGUGAUACAGGCCCAGAAGAAGGUGACAGGCUAACACAUUCCUAUCAAGGAGCCAUUGCCAGGGCUGGUGAAAAUACUUCUAGAUCUCAACUGUCAGCUGAACCAGUUGGUGGCACACUUUCUUAUUCUAACAACAGAGGGGAAUUUACAAGUGAGACAACUUCACAUAACCAGAAUCGAGAAGAGAACAAUAGUAUUACACACCUUAAACAAAUAAAGAAGCCAAGAGGAACUUUACACGAGGCACAGCCAUUACUUGGGCCUCUCAGUUCACUCCGUCAUUAUAAGCGGAACAGCAGUAAGGGUUGUUACAAUAGAAAUCUUGCAGAAAAAUGUCAAGCUAGAGUAGAUUUACAAUUAAAGAUUAAUCUCCCGGCAAAGAGCAGAGGUAUGGGGGUAACUUAUGAAAGUGCUGCUGACCCAACAACUCCUGAUGAUGAUGAUCUACACUUCGGCAUCACAGCUGUAGAUGACAGUAACUUUGUGCAGGCUCAACAGGCACAAGAAGAUCUGGAACAAAAGGAAAAUACUGAACAGAAAAGAGUAGUUUAGUUUUAUACUGCUAAAUUAAAUUAGCAUGUAGUGAAAAAAAAUUGAUGACAACAUCAAUGGAAUCUUCAUAAUACAAUGGUUCACUAUGGUUAACUUUCUCAAAAUUGUUUUUU